AGCUUUUAGCUGAAGCACUGCCUGAAGGUAGGUUCUGCGUACUUGCUUAGCAUGGCGAAGCUGUUGUGUUUGGCAGCGGUGGUCAUCACAAGCAGAGCUGAUGGCCAGUUCGAACAGCCGGCACUGUUGCCCUUGCACCCAGCCAAUCUCAGCAACCUGACACAGCCCAGAUCGGAUGUGCCCAGCGCUGUCCGGGGACUCCGAGGAUCGCAAGUGACGAAGAGCACGGAGAGCAGACCGCGAUCCUUUGGACGGGCCCGUGGGCGCUGGCCUGGCGCCCAAGGCUGGAAUGGUGGCAAUGACUGGGGUUGGGGGCAUGGCGUCGUGGGUGAGACUUGCUGCAUGUGCUCUCGCCGCGGCAACUGGGGUGAGACCAUCCUUUUUGCCGGAGGUGACUAUGACCACUACUAUGGCUCUCGGUCUGCACACCAGCAAUGUGACCAGGUCUGCGAGCUGCAGUGUGCUUUGCAGUAUGGCCACAAGUUCGGGUGUUACGAGGAGGAUGACUUGAGGCGAUUCAGCCAGAGGUACAGUGGCCAGGCAAACUUUGUGAUUCAACACAAGAAGUGGUAUGGGAACAUUUGCUGAGCAUUGAUGCAGCAUUGAUGCAGCAAGGCCAAUUUUGGGUAGAUUUUUUAUGAUUUUGUUGCGUCCAACUUGUCCGCCCAACCGUUGAGGGCUUGAACAGUUUGCCCCAAAGUGUUGGCGCAGCUGACAAGUUCUUUUGUUCGAAGCUGUGGGCGUCAGGCUUCCCACAUGAGAUGGCGGCAGCUGCUGUAAAGUUUGUAAAGUUGUACUGUAAACAUCGCGGUCUGCCCACAAAUUCAGGUGCGGCGCCUG